AACAGUCUCGUCUCUGAACUGGCGCGUCUUCCUAAUUCGGUUUCCGGAAAGACGCCGCUACCAGCAUCACCGCUACACUGACCAUGAAUACGGAGAAGGACUUCUCGCCUCUGACACCCAAUAUUGUCAGAGCGCUCAACGACAAACUGUACGAGAAAAGGAAAGUCGCUGCGUUAGAGAUCGAAAAGCUGGUGCGUGAGUUUGUGGCCCAGAACAACUCUACCCAGAUUAGACAUGUUAUCCAGAUCCUGGCUACGGAGUUUGCGCUGUCACAGCACCCUCACAGCCGCAAGGGAGGUCUCAUCGGAUUAGCAGCAUGCUCCAUUGCCCUCGGUAAAGAUUCGGGUCUGUAUCUGAAAGAGCUGAUCGAGCCUGUGCUCACUUGUUUCAAUGACUCAGACAGCCGUCUGCGCUACUACGCCUGUGAAGCGCUCUAUAACAUAGUCAAGGUGGCCAGGGGAGCUGUGCUGCCUCACUUUAACCUUCUCUUUGAUGGCCUGAGUAAGCUUGCUGCAGAUCCUGACCCCAAUGUGAAGAGUGGAUCUGAACUCCUAGAUAGACUACUGAAGGAUAUAGUGACCGAGAGUAACAAGUUUGACCUGGUGGCAUUUGUCCCACUUUUGAGAGAGCGAAUCUACUCCAACAACCAGUAUGCUCGUCAAUUCAUCAUUUCAUGGAUCCACGUGCUGGAGUCUGUGCCAGACAUCAACCUGUUGGACUAUCUCCCUGAAAUCUUGGAUGGACUUUUUCAGAUCCUGGGAGACAAUAGUAAAGAGAUCCGUAGGACGUGCGAGGUGGUGCUGGGAGAGUUUCUAAAGGAGAUCAAGAAGACGCCCUCCAGUGUGAAGUUUGCAGAGAUGGCCAACAUCCUAGUCAUCCACUGCCAGGUUGCAGAUGAGACCAAACUGACCAAUGACCUGAUCCAGUUGACGGCAAUGACCUGGAUGAGAGAGUUUAUCCAGCUGGCGGGUAGAGUGGUGCUACCCUACUCCUCUGGCAUACUCACAGCAGUGCUGCCCUGCCUCUCCUAUGAUGACAGAAAGAAGAGCACGAAAGAGGCAGCCAGUGCCUGUAAUCAUAGCCUGAUGAAACUAGUUACCCCAGAGGAUGACGAGGAUGAGGACGAAGAGAGAGGAAGCACACAAUCACCACCCAAGGGAGAAAGCCCAUCCAAGUCAGAGGGAGAUGGCAAUGAUAUGUUAAAUACAUCACAAGAAUCCGUUGGCUUCAGUAAUAUCAGCUUCUUUACUCCAGCAAGCGCCGACAGACUCCAGGUAACCCUGGACCUGGAUGGUAUUGUUCAGGUUUUGGACCGCCAUCUCCAUGACUCUUCCACUGGUAUGAUGACCCGCAUAGCUGUGCUGAAAUGGCUCUACCACCUCUAUAUCAAGACACCGCGUAAGAUGUUCCGUCACACAGACAGCCUGUUUCCCAUGCUGCUGAAGACUUUGUCUGAUGAGUCUGAUGAAGUAAUACUAAAGGAUCUGGAAGUGUUGGCAGAGAUAGCAUCAUCCCCUGCUGGCCAGACAGACCCAGCAGGCUCCUGUGACAAAACUGACAAGGUAGAGCUCAAACUUCCAGAGGGGGCAAAGCCAGGGCAGCCUAGCGUGGCCACCAAACUAACAGACUUAUCGCCCUCCACUCCUAGCAUGAACUCCUACUUCUACAAGUUCAUGAUUAACCUUCUGAAACGCUUCAGCCUGGAGAGGAAGCUUCUAGAGAACAGAGGAGCUUUCAUCAUCAGGCAGUUGUGCUUGUUGCUCCAUGCUGAGAACAUCUUCCACUCCAUGGCUGACAUCCUGCUGAAGGAGGAGGACCUGAAGUUCGCCUCCACCAUGGUCCAGACACUCAACACCAUCCUGCUCACCUCAGCUGAGCUCUUCCAGCUGCGCAACCAGCUCAAAGACCUGCGCACACAGGACAGCUGUGCCUUGUUCUGUUGCCUGUAUCGUUCCUGGUGUCACAACCCCGUCGCCACCGUGUCACUCUGUUUCCUCACCCAGAACUAUAAGCACGCCUAUGAUCUCAUCCAGAAGUUUGGAGAUCUGGAGGUGACGGUGGACUUCUUGAUGGAGGUAGACAAGCUUGUCCAGCUCAUAGAGAGCCCCAUUUUCACCUACCUGCGUCUGCAGCUCCUAGAUGUAGAAAACAACCCCUACCUGAUCAAGGCGCUCUACGGCUUGCUUAUGCUGCUGCCUCAGAGCCAGGCUUUCCAGUUACUCUCCCAUCGCCUGCGAUGUGUCCCCAACCCAGAACUCAUGAGAACUGUUGAUGAAUCAAAAUACAUGGAAUCUAAACAGCUAGCCAUCUCCAAACGAGCCUUUCAUGCCCAGAUUGACUAUAGCGAGCUGCUCCAACACUUUGACCGUGUGCAGAGCAAGCACCUGGAAGUACGACACCAGCGCUCGGGACGAGCCACUGACCACCCAGAUCGCAAGCUAAUGUGAAUCCGUCAUGCCAGUGACCUCUGAGCCUUGAAAUCAGGGAAGGGACCAGAAGAAGAAAUGUAGUAUAAAUCUUGUCAAAAUUCUGUUGGGGCCAAAAAGUGUUACAUUAGCAUGGGGUAGCUGUCAAAGAAACAGUCUUUACACACUGUAAAUAAACUCAAGUGUUUCCCUUUGUGAAAUUAAUUUGCAAGUAUUUCCAGAGUAUUGUGUAAGGGGAGAUUCUCAUUAAAAAAAAAAGUUUUGUCUAGUGGAGAUGAGACAGUAUACAGAGAAGGGUGGGUUCACCCACAAUUUUGACAGUUCUUGCACAUACAAAAACAAGAGAUGUUUUGAUGUGAUUGGUAGCAGAGUUACAUUGUGGCCACAUCCUAACCUGUUAUCUCCUGUCACUUUCAGUGAUAUGUUCAAUUAAAUUAAAUAUUCAUAUGCUUCAGGUCAAGCUGACCUGCGUCCCACAGCACAAUUUACAUCUGAGCUAUUGUAUAACAGUGCACUCUCUAGACCAGACCCUGUUUUUCAGCAUUGUUCCAAUCACUUGUAAACCAGAGUAAAUGUACUGUACUGAUCAAGCUUAUCAACCUGUAAUUAUCAGAAGGCAUGGAUAAAUAAGAUAUGCUUUAAACUCUAGUCAUGUUGCCACAUCACUUGACAGUCUUUUAUAUUGUCAUUUUAAGGCCAGUUGUCCACCGUAUGCAGGAUAAGAUUACAUUCUUUCCUUGCCUUCUGCAGUUAUUUGGAACCAAACCUGUAUUGAUUUUCUUCUUUUCUACCAUGUUUGUCUGCCUUUAAUGAAGAACAAGAAUUUUUGUCAUUCCUGUGUGAAACAUAAAUAAAUUGGACCAUAAAAAACAAAACAAAACUGAUCAUAAACCUA